GGCAGCAGAAUGAAAGAAGUCAUGUCCAGUAACAGCACUGCCAGCAUCUCCCAAGCCAGGAAGGCUGUGGAGCAGCUAAAGAUGGAGGCCUGCAUGGACAGAGUGAAGGUCUCCCAGGCAGCAGCGGACCUCCUGGCGUACUGUGAAGCUCACGUGCGGGAGGACCCUCUCAUCAUUCCAGUGCCUGCGUCAGAAAACCCCUUCCGAGAGAAGAAGUUCUUUUGUACCAUCCUCUGACUCCGUUUGCUAUGAAAACGUCUCCUUUCCUGUCCAUAAAAUCCCUUGUAGAGACCGCGCAUGCUCAUAGCUUUAGGGAGCUCUGCCCACACCCACCCCCGCCCAACCAGGGUCGCCCAGGCCUGUCUCCUCUUUUCAUUGGUUUUCUUCAUUGCAUUCUAUUUCACUUUUUCUUUUCAUUUUCAUGUUAUUUUCAUUAUUAGAAAAGGAAAUAGGCAUUUUUGUAGCCAAAUAACAAAUGUGCCA